CUGUGCCCAUCAUUUCACUCUCGUGUUUGACAUAUAAUCCUCACAGUCGGAUUGAUCAACAUGGCUAAGCUACCUUUGAUUUCUUUCCUUGCAUUUCUAGGAUUAUUGGCACUAACUUGUGCAGCCACAACAUACAUGGUGGGCGAUACUUCUGGUUGGGAUAUUAGCACUGAUCUUCCUACCUGGGCUCACGACAAGCAAUUCCUUGUUGGCGACGUUUUAUUGUUCCAAUAUACAUCGUCGGAAGUGGUGAAUGAGGUGACAAAAGAAGCAUUCGAUGGCUGCAACACGACCAAUGUCAUAAGAACAUAUACAAAUGGGAACACGACAGUUACAUUGACAAGACCCGGUGCUUGGUAUUUCAUUUCUGGCAACAAGUUAUAUUGUCUUGGAGGAAUGAAACUUCAGGUUAAUGUACAAGGCACACAAGCAAGUUCUCCGGUGGGUGCACCUCAAGCGCAGCCAGGGGCUACUCUUCCUCAGCCUUCCUCCAAGAACAACAAUCCUAUUCCAACUUCUGCUGGGUUUAUUAUGCGUAGCGGAAGGGAUUCUCUUCUUCAAACCUCUUUGGGUCUUUCCGUUGCCGUAUUAUUGUUCGUGGGCUUAUAAUUUAAUUUUAUGAUUAUAAUGUCUGCAAUCAUGAGGUCAAUUUCUUUUCUUUUUUUCUAAAAAGAAUAAGUAUACAUAUAUGUUUGUGAUUAUUUUUCAAUUGAUAUAAAUAAUCACAAGGCUGACUGUGGAGUA